AUGUACACGGAGCAUUUAUACGGUGCGAUGCGUUACCGCAGACUGAACCCGGAAGUGGACGUCUUCAUUCACGAUAUAAAUUCUUAAGGGCUUUAAAACGAGUUAAACGGUUACAGAAACUCAAUUUCCCGCAAUUCCCCUACUCUUCAUGUGUAAUAGAUUAGUGUAGAACAAUCAUCGCCCAGGCCGAGCCGCGGUGCAUUGUCGGUGUAACGCAAACAUGGCGGCGCCCGUGUGGAGAUGCUAAGCGAAACCGGAGAUAGUGUGCAAAGCUCUGUUUUGAUAGUAAGAAUGUGGAAGCUGAUAAAUAAGCUACAGAAGAACAGGACACUGAGAUACGGAGUGCCCAUGCUGCUGCUUGUAGUUGGAGGAUCAUUCGGUCUGAGAGAGUUCGCACAGAUUCGCUACGAUGCUCAGAAAAUAAAGAAGAAGAUGGACCCUGCUCUGGAGGCCCGAGUGAACUCUCGUGCACACACAAACAUUCUGCAGGAAGAAUAUGAGAAGUUGCAGCAGGUGGAUUUGUAUAGUUGGACAAACGUUCGUGGGCCUCGACCCUGGGAGAACUCGCGACUGAACCAGGAGGAACAGAGAACCACAAUUACCAAGAAGAUCUAGUGCGUGUGUUUGUGUGUGUGUGUGUUAGAGGAAGCUAGGUUAUAAACAUUUUCUCUAUGUACAGUUUAUUUGUGUGUGUUUGUGUGGCUGUGCAGCAGAGGGAGGUUUGUUCUUGCUCCAUUUGGUUAUAAAUAAUUAUAAAUAAUUAUAAACAAAUCUGUAAAAAAAAAACUUGUACAUUUGAUUACAGUCUCAUUGUAUUUA